AAUAGACGCGCAAAGCAUGCUGGGUCACACUGUAGUUCAACGCCCAAAAUGGCGAUAGUGUUAAAAAGUUAAAAAUGUUACGCCCGAGUUAUUUAUUCUUCUCCACCAGUUCGUUUUGCUGAUAUUGAUACUCCGUCUGAACACAGUGUGCCCACUCCUUAAAUACCAAAGUGUGUGUCUUGUUUAAUAACGAUGUCAAAUUCCAUCUUAAAUUCCCUGCGUGUAAGCCAACCCAUCCCAGGAGCUAUGCUAGGCUAGCCAGCAGGCUAACCAAGCCCUUUUCCAUAAAGUUGUCAGAGGAUGACAAUCAGUAAUGUGUGCUCUCCAAAGAUCUCCUUAUGUUGAUGUGAAUAUGACGAGGACAACGUUGCCGUAGUAGAUAUGGAAGAGGAUGUAAAAAAAGUUAAAAAGGUAAGUAGGGGAUUACCUUAUGAAUUAUUUGACUUCCUAGCUUGCUAACAGGAUUCAGUACUUGCUGUAUUAUUACAGGGUACUACCUGUGUAUACGAUAAUAUAUGUCUCCGCUGCUUCAAACACAGUUCAGCUCGUGGUGUAUAGGCUACUUUCUGAAAGUAGCAACUUGUUUAUGAUUUGUACAGGUCAGGUUAUUAGAUCUCAAAUAUUUGGCAGUUUACGCCCCCUAAAUCGAUUAUAAAAUGGACACAUUAAUGCGCUUGGAGUUAAUCCUAACUUAAUUCAGAUUUACAAAUAUACACGUCAAAGGUAUAUAAGUAAUUUACUUUAUGUGUUCACUUUGUAAACUAGUGUCAUCUAUAACAUAUACAUUAUUUAUUAAAACUUGCAGUGUCUAUCGUGAAACAUAAAGCAAACACACAGCAUGUCUCUGUUUUCUAUCUCCGCUUUCAUUCUGGACUCCAUAGCUUAAUUUAAUAAGUGUUAAAGAGUAUGUCAACAUUUUAUGAAAGCACACCAUGCAUUAUCACAAUACAAUACAAACCAUUGUUCCAUUACAGAUCAUAUAUCUGCUGCAAGAUCUGCUUGUCAACAUUGUAGUCGGGAUAUCCUGACGUUUCCUGACGUUAUCCUGUAGUUUUAUGGUUUGUGGAUGAUGGAGAAAUUCUUAACUCGUCAUUCAAAUUACUUGGAAGCGCACCUCAAGAUAAAAUAUAGCAUCAUGCUUGGUGAUAUGAAGCGUUACCUGGUUGGCCAAAUGUGCUCUGCAGAGCCUUGUGGAGGGUUUCAUGACUGUAAUCAAUAGAUAUCAACAGGCUACUAUGAGAUAUCAAUUUAUGUUGUUAGCAUUUCAUGCAAUAUUGCUCUCUACCACUUUGGGGCGCCAUUGGAUCGUAGCCAAUGUAGACACCUAUUUUAUAACCUAUUUGUAACGUUUGUUAUACUUCAUAGCCAUUCAAAUACAGACGCAGACUCCCAUAUAUAGAGAAUAUUCUUACUUUGUUAUGUUAAACACACUGCUUGUAAGGCUUUUUUCACAUGAAUGUGGGGGAGAAAAAAACCUUAGUUUUGGUGUAUCAUCAGUUUGACUUCACUUUGUUAAGAUAACUAGCUUAGCUGUAGCUGUUCUGAGUCAUGUUAUUUUUUAAAACACGUAUUUGAUGAGAGCACACUUGCCUAUGUUUUCCUUUGUCCAGCACUGGCAAGAACUAAACCAUGGGAUCCUGGUGCUUUUGAGUUUAUUUCCAGUGUUUUCUCCGGAUGGAAAGUUAGAACGUCUUCAGUUACCUCCCUGUUCAUCAUCUUCAGUGUGCAAAGCCAAAUUCCAUAGAGAAAAUAAACUGGUGCUGGGCUUCCUGGUCAAUGGCCAGACUGUCCAGAGAGCUACCUGUGCUUGCUGUUCUCUGCCGGUUCCCGAGAGAAGGCCCAUGAAAUGUUAAUGCACCUCUCCGUUACCACCAGCAGCCACCAGAAACGAAAAACUGCUGAAUAAUGUAUUGGGACUGCGUGGUGUACCGGUCCACAAUACGAGAUCAUUUAUCAAAGAUUGUGUGGACAUUUUAAAGGGAAAAAAUCCCUAAUAGGCCACUGAAAAUAAAUACAAAUACAAUUGUUCAGAUUGAGUGAAGUCCACAUUAUGAGCCCAUAUGUAUCUUGUCGGAUGUGUUUCUGUUUUUGCAGUCAAUGCAAGUUAAACUUGUGCAAAUAUUGACCACCAGUGUAAUCACAGGAAGUAAGUGGUUGGCCCUUUCCUGUUCUGGAUUCUCUUUAGAGUCAGAGGUGCUCCUCUCUGAGUGUGUGCAUUUGUGCGUGUGUAGAAGCCGCACACACACACAAAGCAAUACACCAAGUUCAUAUAGCUUUUGAACCCCCCACCGCCCCUCGUCCUCCCCAGUUAGCAACCGUUGCUAAGGCUGCUAGUGACUUGAGACAACAGGUGACAGACGUAGUGUGGCCGACGUGAGGGGAGGAAUGCGUCCACCCACAACGUCUCUCGCAUCAACUCUGCGUCCCGUUAAGUAGCCACAUCAGUCAGAUCACAUGGAUUACGAGCCCGGCAUCGUGUCGCCGUUCAAGCGCGUGUUCCUAAAGGGAGAGCGUGGCCGGGACAAGAAGACCUCGGAGAAGACCACCGAGAGGCGGGCCCUCCACACCUUCUCCCUGUCCCAGCCCGACCACCGCAUCGACCCUGACAUCCUACUCAACGACUACAUCGAGAAGGAGGUCAAAUACCUGGGCCAGCUGACGUCUGUGCCAGGCUACCUCAACCCCUCCAGUCGGACCGAGGUCCUGCAGCUCAUCGACAAUGCAAGGAAGACGAACCAGCUGGCAGGCCAGCUGACGCCGGAGCUGGACGCGGUGGUGAGUCUCUCUGCCUACAACAUCAAGCUGGUGUGGAGGGACGGAGAGGACAUCAUCCUCAGGGUGCCCAUCCACGACAUCGCUGCCGUCUCCUACAUCCGGGACGACUCGUUGCACCUGGUGGUGCUCAAGACGGCCCAGGAGUCCGGGGGUUCUCCGUGCCCCAGCUCCUGUCCGGACCUCAACAAGUCCCAGACGCUGGGCUCCCUGUCGGAGAGCGGCGCGGGGCUGGUGGAGGUGUGCUGCCUGCUGGUGCUGGCCGUGGAGAACAAGGCGACGGCGGAGGAGCUGUGUCUGCUGCUCAGCCAGGUGUUCCAGAUCGUCUACACAGAGUCCACCAUCGACUUUCUGGACCGGGCCAUAUUCGACGGCGCCACCACACCCACCAGGCACCUGUCCCUGUACAGCGACUCCUCGAGCAAGGUGGACGCAAAAGAGGCCUUCGAAGCUGAGGCCAGCACAUUUUCCUUCGAGGGCUCCCUGGAGGCGGCCGACAGCUCCCCCUCCACGCCCGCCUCCCCCCAGACCAAGGCGGCCAGCGAGGGGGAGCUGAGCACCACCGCGGCGGAGCUGCUCCAGGACUACAUGACCACGUUACGCACCAAGCUGUCGUCUCAGGAGAUCCAGCAGUUCGCCACGCUGCUCCACGAGUACCGCAACGGAGCCUCCAUCCACGAGUUCUGCAUCAACCUGAGACAGCUCUACGGGGACAGCAGGAAGUUCCUCCUCCUGGGCCUGCGUCCCUUCAUCCCCGAGAAGGACAGCCAGCACUUUGAGAACUUCCUGGAGACCAUCGGCGUGAAGGACGGCCGCGGCAUCAUCACCGACAGCUUCGGCCGCUACCGCCGCACCGCGAGCUCCGCCUCCGACUCCACCGCCAACGGGGCCGGGACGGUGGGCGGGGACAGCACCCACAGCGGGGGGGCCGGCGACGCCCCGGCCCCCUCGGAGGGCGACGAGUGGGACCGCAUGAUCACCGACAUCAGCAACGACAUCGAGGCGUUGGGCGUCAGCAUGGACCAGGACGGCGGGGUCUCGCCCUGACACGCCCCCCCCCAUGGGACCCGUGGGACCCUAGACCCUCAUCCCUGGAACAGUGGAUCGAGGAACAAUAACAACAACAACAACGGCGCUAAACGAGAGGCACUGACAUUUGAUGACACUUUCAUAAUGUUGUUUUUUUUUGCCCCCCAACUUUGAAGGAGACAAGUCUGUGAAACUUUAAUGGUAUCUUAACCCUUACGGCCCUACAGGGCAGCUCCCGGUUAUUCUGACGUGCUACCAGGUGGUCUCUUUGCACCUGGUAGCACAAGCUAUGCGUCUAUUGUUGUAAGCUCUUCGUUCGACAACAUUUCAACCAGAUGUCGAUGAGUCCUCUACUCACUAAUUGCUGUAUUUCUAAAGAUACCCAUAGCCUAUGACGUUUAACAGAUUAUUUUGUUGUAUCUAUUGUUUAUAAAGCUUUAUUGGCAGUAUCUGCCUCGCGUGUGUAGACAAUGUAGCGAUUUACCCCAGCGGUUUUUGAGGGUUUAUGAUUAUAAUAAUCAAUAUCCCCUCUAUAGACUGGAGUAUUAAAAAAUCAAUAUCCAAAGGGCGAUGUACAAGCUGUGGAAUAUUAUAGACUGUUAUUGGAUGCUUUUUGUUCUUUAUCCACUUCCACUUCCCUUUAACCCCCGCCCCUCUCCCUCCAUGUGUUCUUCUAUUAACUUUUUGGUUAUUCUUUGCUUAUAUGGUUCAUAUAUAUUUAAUAUUUGAGUCAUCGCUUUAAUAUGUGUAUUGUCAAUGUGUAAUCUAAUAGACAACGUCUAAUAGUCCUUUUCACGGUGCCUUUUCACGGUGCUCUGUGAAAAGGACUAUUAGUUUGCCAACAAAGGAAAUGCCAUUUGGGUGAGGAGGACCAGAACUGACAAAGCCAGAGAGCCAAUGAUGGACAGGGUUUGAUGUUUAGUCUCUCUAUUCAGUUUAGAUCAGUAACGAAGUGUCGUGUUACUGUGAUAUUCCCAUAUAGCGGUCAUGGUGCCUUUCACUCUGCAGUACUGUUGCCAAGCUGGUGAUAUGAGCUGUGUCUGUACAGCGGACAUGUCAUGGAUAUUAAAUAACAAUUACUUCACAUUAGCUGUGUUCUGAUCUUAAUUGAUCAUUGUCAUCAAUUAUUAAUAAUUAUUAAAUGAAUCAAUUAUAAUAAAAUAACUAUUUAUAGUUAUUUUAGACACAUUUUGGUAGAUGUUAUUUUCUCAUACCUUACAUGUUUCGACAGAUAUACUUCCCAUGUCAAUCAUGCAAUAAAACCUACAUUGGGGAGACGGGAAGGAGUUUUACCACACGAAAAAAAGAAAAAGGAAUGUGAAAAGGAGGCAGCUCAGAGACAAACGAGCAAUAAAGGACAAGGCCCAGCAAGAAAACCUAAAAUCAGCCAUAACGGACCAUUGCAAAAGAGAGAACCAUAUCAUGGAUUGGGACAAUGCCAGAGUCAUUAAGCAGGAAGGAAAACAACCGAUACCACCGUUGGAUAAAGGAGGCGAUUGAAAUAAGAAAGCGGAGCCCGAAGGCGAUGCUCUCCAUACCUGGAGUGCCGUCCUGGGGGGCGGCGGACUGACAGCAGGAGGUGUGGUUCACCAGUCAAAAAACAGCCAGGUGGAUCACAUCUCCGUUAACAUCAGCUGAUAAGAACGCGUCACACUAAUACACCCGUGUGACCUUCUUAUGAAGACGGAAGUAUAUCCGUCGAAACAUGUCAGGUAAGGAAAAUAACAUCUAUCAAAUGUCUGUGAUAAAAUAAAACUAUAAAUAUUUAUCUCAAGUGUAGACACAAUGAAUGCAUUACAACAAUAAUAAAAUAUCAUAUGAGAACAGGAAAGUGUAAAGGCCAGGGUGUUCUGUGCUCCCAGCCAGAAGAACUGGGUUCAAUCCCCAAGGUUGACAGCCCCCCGGCCUACAGGCAUCCUCCAGCAGGUUCCCCAUCCCCUCCCCUCAGUAAUGACAGUGAGUUGUAACAUGUAAAUGAUCAAAGUGUCUGCAGAGAUAGUCAAAUAUAGAGUUGACAUCUGCAAGGAGGCCACUUAAUUAAAAAAUAUUAAUUUGAGAAUGCAUCAUAACGCUAGGGAGUAGUGCAGGUGGCAGCUUGGCUAUUGAAGCUGCUUUGCAAAGUGAUCCUUCAUUUGCCCUUACGAUGCUCUGAAAUUUCAUCCCUUUAUUCCAAGCAGUGUCGCUGACCAAUACUGUCCAUGGUUGCAGACAUACUCCUCUCUCGGGAAGAGAGGUGAGUUGGGACUAUCCCAGCCUGGCAUGAAUUUAGUUUUUCUUUCUAUUCCUUAUUAUCUUUGCAGAUCCACCAUUACUUAUUCUGGUCUUACAGACACAGACAACGGGAAGGGCCGACCUCACUACCUGCCCUUCUGCCGCUGAUGCCUACAGUUUAGUUACACAAAACAGACGAGGGCAAGGGACCUCUGAUGUGGAACGCUACUACAUCUGGUCGUUAAAAGGCUGCUUUGGCACGUGGCAGAGCCCAGCCCGGGACACACGCUGUGUGAGAGCCAAGGCACCCUGCGAUCUUUAGCAGUGCGGGUAAACAACAGCCGAGCACAGAUUAUGCUAGAGUUGUGCAUCAAAGCUAACGUUUAGUGACAAGGUGACAUCAUUGUUAGACAACGGCUAAAAUUGGCGGAGAAUUGCGUGACUUGCGGGCCCCCAUGCUGCUCCGGUCAUGUCUGCUUUCUCACGCUACAUGAAGGAGUUCUUCUAAUUGGGGGGCCUGUCGGAAAAUGUCAGGUUAAUCCAGUGGGAAAAUAAACCAAACCCUUUCUCUAUUCAUGUAAUAAAUACAGAAGGUCAUACAAAAUG